AGCAAUGAUAAGUCAGGGUUGUUGGUGCAAUCAUAUGAUUGAAAAAUCUCCGUCAGACCGAAAUAUAAAUAAAUAAAGUUAUUUUAGCCUACAAUGAGCACCAGAAACAGCGAAAAGGAGGCCGCUGGCCAGCUGCUGGAUAACUUGUACCUGGACAUGUUCCACCUCGUCGAGGAGCACACCCAGUGUCGGGUUAAUUUGGAGCAAAGCAACGCCAGUGGGGCGAUUCUCCUGGCCCGCACCAGAUUUCAGCACGGAGGCAGUCACUGCGUGUCCACGGCCCAGAUUCCCACGGAGAACAGUGCCGAGUUCAACGCUCUCUGUCGGGUGGUGGACUCCACGGAUGGCAUCUCAAUCGAACGACAGAAGGUGGACAAGUCCAAGGGUUUCGUGGAGCCCCUCCACUGGUUCUCGGUUCUGCCACCGAUGAGCUUGCGCAAUGCUGUGUCCAAGUUCAAGGAUUGUAUAGAGCUGGUCGCCGAGAGCACUAAUCUGCAGCGGCAGCUGGGAGAAGCGCUGGACUGGAUUACAAAUCUGCGCAGGAGUGCCGUGCUGAACUAGACUAGAAUACUUAUGGCGUACACACAAUUUUUAAAAUGUUAAGAAUAAAGUAGAUUUGAAAACCUUA